AUGAAAAUUAAAGAUAAAGUUCAAGUUAAUCCAUCAUUAAGACAAAAAUCAUCAACUAAAGUUAAUAAUGCAUCAUUCGGAAUUGAUAUUAUUGGUAAAGAAAUAAAAGAAGAACUUUCAAAUGAUUCAGGAAUUUCAAUUGAUCAACAUCAAAGUUUAUCAUUAAAAAGUCAAAGUUUUUCACCAUACUCUGAUAAAGUAAUUAUAAAUUCUAAUGAUCAAAAUUCGAGAAUUUCACGUAAACGUGAACGAUAUAAACGAAAUCGUCAAAAGCGGAGACAACAACGAAAACAAUUUAUUUAUGAAAAAGACUUAAUUAAUAAACAACAAUUAUCAGUACUUUUUUGUCAACAACAAAAUUUAUUAUUGAAACAAGAUGAAAAAAAUGUAACACAUUUGUUUGAUGAAUAUUCAAAUGAAAAUAUUCUUAAAGAAUGGAAACCAUUAACAAUUGAACAAUCUAAUGAACUUUAUCAAUAUGCUUUAGAUAAAUAUCAUCAUAGAAACAAUUAA